AUGAAGCUUUGUCGCUUCGUUAUUAUUAUUACCUUGGUAACGAUUGCUGUUGGAAUGUUCUUUCCUGCAUUUUCCGUAUUUUUACGAAAUAAGCUGGAAAGAAGUUCCUCCCUGAUGACCUCUCUAACCCGGUCAAAUAUGGAUAAAAACAAAAGGAAUGUUGAAAUAGAUGAUUCCACAGAGUUUGGCAUUAAGUUACUCAAGCUAUUGAAAAAGUCUGUAAUUUCGGUAGACCCAGGCGAUCCUUCUUCUGAAUAUAGUGAUUAUAAUAAACCAAAAAAAAUUAGUGACUAUAAUAUGCCAGCAAAUGACACGGCACAACAAGAACAACUUCAAGAGGAGGAGCAAACUCUUCAAAAAAUAAUUGUCGUUCUCUGUUCACUUGGUGCUUCACUUGUCUUGGUAACGAUUGCAAUAGGGUUUUUAUUCUGGAAAGUACGAGGACAAGCGAUCAGUAAUAAAAAGGCUUCCAUGGAUAAUGGUUCGGCAAAUAUAAAUAGUCAACAACAAAAUGAUAAAGAUAAAGAUAAGGAUGCGGAUGACGUGCGAGAUGAGCCAGAUGAUAGAACAAAUAUCGAUAGAACAAAUUUUGAUUCAAUAAUUAACGUUAAUGACAAUAUUAAUGAUAGCUUAAAUGAGAUGGAACAUGAUUCGAAAGCUGGUUUUCCUCAUGUUAAUGAUGUUAAUGAGGAAUUUCCUCUUGAUACGAAACAAUCAAAAAUGCCUCGAUCAGCUGUGCUAUCAUAUCCAAAUCAUACGCUUUCAAUAGCAACACCUUCUGCUCCACCAGCAGAAGAAGUAGAAUUAUAUGAUGCUGGUGCAUCUAAUUUUUCUAUUCCUCCUCCUCCACCGGCUUAUAGUAGUAUUAUUAAUAAUAAUCUUAUUAAUCCAUCAGCUCCACCACUAUACGAUGCGCCAAUAGUAGGUGUAUAUCCUGAUAGUAAUAGUUAUUUUGCUACGAUUCCAUUUCUACCAGCUUCGAACUCUGAAUUAAAUAUUGUUUCUGAUGCACCCAUGACGCCAGAAGAAACUAACUCUCCUUUAUCCAGUACGGCGCUAACCUUUCCAAUAAAUGCAAUAAAUGAAGAAGAUGAAGAAGAUAAUAAUAACAAUGUUUCAUUCUCUGGACCAACACAUCAUAGAUCAACAAUGUAG